AUGGCUCCCAUCAAAGCUGUUUCAUCUCAUGUUCUUAUUGUUAUAAGCUGUGUUGUAGUUCUUCUUUUCACCCAUGUGAGCGCAUCGAAUGGAAAUAAAUUGAAAGACCUCAAGGUUUGCGGGUUUGAUGCCAUAUACAAUUUUGGAGAUUCAUUGUCAGACACAGGGAAUUUUGUAGCUGAACAUCCUAAUAGGAAACCUAGAAAGCUGGUAGCACUUGACUCCAUUGUAAACUCGGCCGGUUUUUCGUCUAUCAAAGCCUAUUUGGAUGCAAAUCAAACGGACUCCAAUAAUGGAGUGAAUUUUGCGUAUUCUGGUGCUACAGCUUUAUCAUUAGAUGUUCUUGGACCUACACUGAAUGCCAGUUCUUCAAUUGUUAAAAAUACUCUCAACACACAACUUCAGUGGUUGGACAAAUAUUUAAAAGGAUUUUGUCAACAACCUGAAGAUUGUAAGGACAAACUCAAGUCAUCUCUCUUUAUAAUGGGAGAGAUUGGAGCUAAUGACUAUAGCCUAGCUUUUAUGAUGAGCAAGAAAACAAUCAAGGAGUUGAAUAAGAUGAACUUUGCGUCUACAGUUACAAAAACCAUAGAGAAAGCUAUCGAAAAAGUCAUUGAUUAUGGUGCAGCUCGAGUGCUUGUCCCCGGAAUCUACCAAGUAGGUUGUGCACCGGGCUAUGCUUUUGGGUUUAAAAAUUCUAGUAAACUUGACAAAUUUGGCUGUGCAAAUGAGGUCAAUGACUUUUUCAAACAUCACAAUGAUCUUCUACAAGCAACCCUUGAAAAUUUGAGAAAGAAAUACCCUGGAGUUUCUAUAGUCUACGGUGAUUAUUACAGUGCAAUGCAGUUUGUGUUGGACAAACUCCAAAAAUUUGGGUUUGAAUAUGUAACGAAAGCUUGCGAACCUUUUACGUAUCCUGCAAAGGGCACCCCUUGUUCGGAUCCUGAAAAAUAUAUUUUCAGGGAUGUAUUUCAUUCCACCGAAAGUUCAAACAAGUAUAUGGCAAAUUGGCUUAUUCAGGACAUCAUCUCCAAGUUUGGAUGCAAGUGA